CUUAUCUACAGUCCCCCAUUCCUUCAUUACCUUAUCUACUGCCUCUCAUUCCUUCAUUAUCUUAUCCACAGUCUCCCAUUCCUUCAUUAUCUUAUCUACUGCCUCUCAUUCAUUCAUUAUCUUAUCUACUGCCUCCCAUUCCUUCAUUAUCUUAUCCACAGUCUCCCAUUCCUUCAUUAUCUUAUCUACAGUCCCCCAUUCCUUCAUUACCUUAUCUACUGCCUCUCAUUCCUUCAUUAUCUUAUCCACAGUCUCCCAUUCCUUCAUUAUCUUAUCUACUGCCUCUCAUUCCUUCAUUAUCUUAUCCACAGUCUCCCAUUCCUUCAUUAUCUUAUCUACUGCCUCUCAUUCAUUCAUUAUCUUAUCUAUCUCCCAUUCCUUCAUUAUCUUAUCUACAGUCCCCCAUUCCUUCAUUACCUUAUCUACUGCCUCUCAUUCCUUCAUUAUCUUAUCUACAGUCUCCCAUUCCUUCAUUAUCUUAUCUACAGUCUCCCAUUC